AUGGCUGAAAAUCCUGAUGACCCUUUGGCAUUGUUGGAGAUUAUCGAGGUAUUGGGUGCAUGUCGUGGAAGUGUGUCUUACGCUGACAUAUGCAUGUAUCUCAGUGGGCGAUUCAGUCUGCAUCCACUUCUUGAAUUACGUAGUCUUCUGUACUCCAGUGCAUGCAGAGACCCGUGUUUCCCUGCCACCCUUUUCAGAGAGCGCCUUCACCCGCCCUGCAGUAACCGGCUCUCCGCAGCUGCUGAUGUUGUUUCCCUAUUCAAUCUCCUCAUGCACACACGCAUGGCUCCUACAUAUGCACAGAAUGUCCAGACACUGACGCCCUGUCAGGUCUGUGGGAAGGGAUUUCUGCGUUAUGAAUGGCCGGCUGCCCUGCCCAUCGCAGGGGGAGGGACCACCUCUGAGGAAUGUAAAUAUGAGAACCUCCCUUGUCAAGCGAUUAGUCUCAACACGGAGGCUUUACACGCUCAGUCAUACAGGCACAACCAAGAAAGCAUGCAGAAUACGCAUUCUGUGGAUACAUCCAGUGAUAAAGUCAAUCCAGAGGCAGGCAAGAUGCCGAAGGCCAAUCAGGAGGCCCAUAUUGUUCGUACCUGUUCUCAGAAGAGGAGUGCCUUUAAAGACGGCUUUCGAAACUUAAUGCCAUUCAUCUCCAUGAAAGUCAAUGGCCAGUCAGAGCAAAGCCCAGAUGGACCUAGGGAAGAUUGUGAGGAUCUGCUUUCGAUUACUCAAAAGAACCCCUAUCCAGACCUUCCAACAUAUGCAGACGAUCAACGAACAUGCAACACGGCAUCACAUAUGCAUUGUCUGCAUGAUAAUUUGUACAUCUAUGCAACUCAUCCUAAUGCUACACAACCUGUAGAACCAAUGACAGACACCAACAAACAAUAUGUUGAUGCUGCAAACCUAUACAAUCCUGGACAGACUCAGUGGCUUCAUACCAAACACGAGAGUUUGGACGAGCUACAAACAUCCACCUAUUUCGGGCCUCCAGAUGACAAUCAAAACCAGCCAGCCCCGGCUCUACAAGUCAAGAGCCACAGUUUGGAUAUCGACUGCAGGACUGCGGAUGAAAUACUGGAACCGGAAAAGGCUGUUCUGCAGAAACCUCGAUACGAAAGAUCUGUAUUAGAAAAGUCUGGAUUAAGAAAGCCAGGAUCUGUUAAACUCCGCUUUGACAGCUCAAGCUUCGACAUUCCUGGCUUUGAUCCUCGCAUCGUCAGCUCGGUACGGGACACCUUUAAGCGUCUGAGCGGCAUGAGUUUGGACGCCUGGUAUGAUUGGUCACUGAGCGCUGAUGGUGUGGCCAGCGUGGGCACCCAAACGGAAAUGGCAGACCGGCGUGCUUUGCGAAGCCUCAUGCUUAGCGAAAAACUCUCAUUGGACAACCCCGACAUCGCAGAGGACGACAUCAGCGCUAUCUUCCGUUUCCUAGAUGACAUUAGCAUGUGUGGCUCCAUGGCAGUGCUGCCAAGAGAAGGGGGCGGGGCCCAAGAGGGGGGCGGGGCUGGGCUGCCAGAGAGGCGGGAGCGUUUAGGGAAGUUGCGGAGGUUGUUUCAUUCUUUGGAGGCACCUGAGGAAGGUGUGCGAUGGGGCGUUGGCCGUCUGCUUCAAAGGGUCACUGAACUAGAGCAAAGGCUAGAGCCAAUCACAGAGCUGCGUGAGCAACUGUCACUUGUGCUAUCCACAUUGGACCGGCUGGAACAAAGGGAGCAAAUGGCAUGUCCACACUCACAUCAAAUGCACAUACAACAACAGCCACCAGCAUGGCCCAACGUACAGCAGCAGGGCUCCCCGAUGAUCAAUCCAGGGAUGGAAGGCGCCAACGAGGCAGCAGCCAAACGUAGACAUCUGUUUGUACGCAGGGCCUCGAGAAGCAACACAGAGAGUAGCGGUUCAGAAGCACACAGAGAGUGGAGCAUCAGCUUCAGCAAGGAGCCACACAUACAGCCUAUUAAGUCAGAUCAGCCAGCUCGUGUGUAUACAAGAGAUGGCCCAAUAGCAGAGGAAGUGAUGGGCUUCCACCUCAUGCCACCCGAGGCCCAAAAAGCCCAGCGACGCACCUCUGUCCAGAGCGCUAGCCAACAUAUCGCCAACCGCCCCAAGGUGACCUGGAGCCAAUCAGACUUGACGCCCUUGAACCUUAAGGCCCCUGAGUCUUUGGAACUCUGGACGGACGAGAUUAACACGCCAGCCUCUGACACACUCCUGCGGCGUUCACAUUCAUACACCCGGUGCAGCAGGAACCAGGCGUACCGCAUCGCUGCUCUGAGCAUCACUGCCACUAUCAUCCUCAUCCUCUUAAUCGUCAUUCCAGUCAGCACUAUGUAA